AUGCCUCGUAUCCUAAACCAGAUGAGAACAAGAACUAGUACCGCCCACAGAACGAUCGUCGUGCUGACAAGUGCUACUAGCAACACCUGCCGCGUCCGCAAGGUCAAAUGCGACGAGGCUCUGCCAGCGUGCCAACGUUGCCGCAAGGCUCAUCGAUACUGUGACCGCACCGCCCCGCUCCCACAACUCAAAAAGAGCCAGGAGGAUACAGCUGAGCCCGACUCUGCUGCAGACGAACCGCAAACUCCCUUCCCGUCACCAUCCAGCCCCCGCAAAGCCCUCCAGAACCCGUCCAUAGCACGCUACUUUUCCCACUACAUCGCCGAUAUCGCGCCGUGGUACGACCUCAGCGAUGCACUCCUUACUUUUGCCACCAGCCUUCCCGAAGCCGCCCUCGACAGCCCGCUGCCCUUUGCCGCUAUCUUGGCAUUGUCCGCUGUCCACACGAGCCGGACGACCGUGCCGUCCGCCAGGGCGGCGGCGGAGUUCUACCACGGGCACUGCGUUCGCUUGCUGAUUGACCUGACAGCGGAGGAGUACGACAAUGAUGAGCGAACGCAGGGGCUUGCGCUAGCUUCUGUUUGUCUUUUGCGGUCGUAUGAGAUUCUAAGUGAAGAGGUAGACCCAAACAGGCACCUUCAGGGAGCGUAUUCACUGGCAGCCUAUCAUACCCCUCAAACUGACGCCUUUGGGUCUAGCCUUCGAGCAGCAGGCUUCUGGAACUAUCUUCGUGAGGAUAUCACUUUUAGCUUAUUCCGCAGAUGCCCACUCAAGAUAGAUCUAGCUCAGGUGCCACUAGCCCUACCCGCGACUGGCCCAAGAACCGAUCAGGACUACCUUAAUGCCAUUACUCUCAUUCUCGGUCGCAUCAUCAAUAUGUGCUUCGUAGGCUCAGGCUCCGUCACGAAGGAGUCGUGGUCUAGCCUUUCUCAUCUGUUACGUGAAUGGCGUACAAGUCUACCGUCACGAUUUGAACCCUUUUCCACGGUUGAUCGCGGUCUGGGCCUCGCCUUGCCAUCCAUUUGGCUGCUCAGAGAUCAUCAUGCGGCAGCCCUUCACUAUCAGCUCGUCGCCACUACGAUACUCUGUAUCGAAGCAAACCCACAACAAUUAUCAAGUCUUCAAACCACACUAGGCGGCCGUCUCGAUCUCCAGGACACGAAAGAAAGUAUCCUCGAGCACCUCGCCCUCGACAUUUGCGGCGUGGCCUUCACCGCCGACACGCCCUCCGUCCAAGUGAACGCCUUUGGCCCCAUUGCAUUUUGCGCUCGAUUCAUCCGCACAGAAGCCUCCCGACAGGAGCUGAUUCGCCGCCUCUUGGCGUUCAUGAAGGUAACAUCAUCCCCAAUAAUGCUCUUCCGUCCGCGCGUCCCUUUUCCUCCCUCCUACCUCCCCUCUCGCCUACGCUUCCCUCUCACCGGCCGAACAAUGGCCUCACUUACACCAAACAACCACGACCACCGAACCCUCCCCUCAACACCAGCAACGAUCCACCCCUCACAGUCCGAACUGCUCAACGCUCGCCUCUCCCCGCGAAAACUCGAGCUCGCCGUCCGCCACCUCCACACAGACGGCCUCGUCGUCGUCGCCGACGUCGUCCCACACGCAGACCUCGACGCCCUCAACGCCAAAAUGGUCCAGGACGCGCUCUACCUCCAGUCUCUGGGCGACAAGGGGCCCUUCAACUAUAACCUGGGCAAUCUACAACAAGAUCCGCCUCCCGUAGCCGAGUACUUUUACAAGUCAAUCUUUACAAACGCCAUAGCAACGCAAAUAACCUCCUCCCUCCUAGGCCCGCGCCCAAAAUGGACCUUUUGCUCCGCAAACUCCGCCAUGCCGCCCUCACCAGACGCAAAAUCACAACGCCAACCAGUCCACUCCGACGCAGACUUCGCCCACCCCUCCCACCCCUUCGCCCUCGUAAUCAACAUCCCCCUCGUGAAAAUGACACCCUCCAACGGCUCAACGGAGCUCUGGCUCGGCACUCACGCCCCGUACCUCCUCCCUGCCUCUCCAUCUCCAUCUUCUUCCUCGUCCACCAACGCCACCACCACGACAUCCUCCGCAAGCUACACCGGCACCAUAGUCCCCUCCGGCAUAGCAGCCCAGCAAGGCACACACGGCACCCGCGCAAGCGGCCGCAUCAACCCGCCACUCCUCGACCUCCGCCGCGCCGUCCGCCCGCCCUCGCAGCCGACGGUGGAAAAGGGGAGCAUCGUCAUCCGCGACCUGCGGCUGUGGCACGCGGGGAUGCCUAACGCGACGCCCAACGUGCGCGUCAUGCUGGCCAUGAUUCAUUUUGCGGGGUGGUACCGGAACCCGAUGCGGUUGCAGUUCGCCGAGGACGUGAGACCUUUGCUCGAGGGGGAGACGGGGAAGAAUAAUGACCUCGACUUGGAGAUACCUGUGGAUUGGACGACGAGGGAGGAAGCUUUGAAGACGUAUCUGGGGAGGGGAUUCGGGAACAGCUACGACUUUGAUCAGGAGAAGUGA